ACAGCGCUCAGACACAAGAGGGAGAGAGCUGGGGAGGCAGCUGGUGUGUGAGCUAUGAGCAGGUAGAGCGAGAAUAAGCAACCGAGGGAAAGCGGGGGGAGAGAGAGAGAGAGAGAGAGAGAGCAAAAGCAGAGGGAAAGGAGGGAGGGAUGGAGUAUUGUCCCUACACCUGAAGAUUACUUUGUCUCACUUCUCUCACCCUGAGCGCUGGAAGGAGCAGCGAGGAGGGAGCAGAGUUGAUCAGGAGGUGCCAGCUCUCGCUCUCCGGUCUUUUUUUUUCCCCCUUUUUAUUCUGCAGGGGUGGGUGGGGGGGUCAGCUGGACUUCUCUGCGAAAAAUCCCGUUGAUCAGUCUCCACUGGAGAGACAGAGAUAGAAACCGACGGCGAGUCGAGGAGAGAAGACUAAAACAAAAAAGAGAAAAUUGCAGUCACUUGCGCUGGCUGCGAGGGAGGAGAAGUUUCACUGAAAAUCUACUACUGAGACCGUUUAAAAAGGACGCCCACAGUAGCACCUGAAAACAACUGCACUCGUGAAGAAAGAAGAAAACGAUGGCAGACCAUCGUCCAGCAGUGUCCAGCGCCCUGCUCCCUGUGGCCCUCUGCAUUUUGGCCCUUUUGCCCCAUGGCCUUCUGGGAAAACCUGCAGAGGAGGAGUCUGCAGGCAGCUCAGCACUGCUGCAGAGGGUCAAGAGAGGCUGGGUGUGGAACCAGUUCUUUGUCCUGGAGGAGUACACUGGACUGGAACCACUUUACAUUGGAAAGCUCCACUCAGACAUGGAUAAAGGAGACGGCUCUAUUAAGUACAUCCUGACGGGUGAGGGCGCCGGCACCACCUUCACCAUCGACGACAGCACGGGGGACAUCCAUGCCAUUCAGAGGCUGGACCGGGAGGUGAAGGCCCAGUACGCUCUCCGUGCCCAGGCCCGCAACCGCCUGACGGACAGGCCUCUGGAGCCCGAGUCCGAGUUCAUUGUCAAGAUCCAGGACAUCAACGACAACGAGCCAAGGUUUCUGGAUGGGCCCUACCAGGCGUCUGUACCCGAAAUGUCCAACAUAGGAACAUCUGUGAUCCAGCUGACCGCUACAGACGCAGACGACCCCACUUAUGGCAACAGCGCUCGUGUGGUCUACAGCAUCCUGGAGGGCCAGCCUUACUUCUCAGUGGACGCCAAGACUGGCAUGGUCCGUGUGUCCCUGGCAGACAUGGACCGGGAGACCAGAGAAAACUACACUGUGGUCAUCCAGGCAAAGGACAUGGGCGGACAGCUGGGGGGGCUCGCUGGUACCACCACUGUCCACAUCACGCUCAGCGACGUCAACGACAACCCGCCAAUGUUUGACCAGAGGCUGUAUCAGAUGAGCAUCCCAGAGUCGGCUCCGGUGGGUUCAGUGGUGGGUCGUAUCUGGGCGAAGGACAGGGACAUCGGGGUCAACGCUGAGAUGAAGUACAGCAUCAUCGAUGGAGACGGGAGGGACACCUUUGAAAUCAGCACUGACCCCACCAACCUUUUUGGCAUCAUCACAGUGAAAAGGCCACUGAACUUUGAGAGCAAGCCCAGUUAUACUCUGAAGGUGGAGGGAGCCAACACCAAACUGGACCCGGCCUUCCGCCACCGCGGGCCCUUCAAGGACGUCACCAUCGUGCACGUGAGCGUGGAGGACGUGGACGAGCCCCCAUUGUUUGACUUGACGGCGUACUUCAUCGAGCUGUCAGAGGACGCCGAGAUCGGGACGGUGGUGAAGACGGUGUCGGCGAGGGACCCGGACGCUGCCAACAACACUGUGAGGUAUUCCAUCGAGAGGUCCAGCGACCCCGACAAGUUCUUCUACAUUGAAAUCACUUCCGGGUCGCUGAUGACGGUGCGUUCGCUGGACCGAGAGGAAAUCGGCUGGCACAACAUCACCGUCCUCGCCAUGGAGAUGAAUAACCCCUCUCUGAUCUCAAGCGUGUCAGUGGCCGUGAGGGUCCUCGAUGUCAACGACAACCCCCCCUCGCUGACGCACUACUUAGAGGGCUAUGUGUGUGAAAACGCCAAAGCAGGACAGCUGAUCCAGACGGUGACGGCAGUGGAUCCUGAUGAGCCGCUGGGCGGACAACGCUUCUACUACAGCUUGGCUCCGGAGGCCGCCAACAACCCUAACUUUACCCUGAGAGACAACCAAGACAACACGGCGUGGAUCCUGACGCGGCGGGGAGGCUGGGCGCAGCAGGACCAGACCGUCUUCUACCUGCCCAUCUUGGUGUCUGACGGUGAGCAGCCGGUGCAGACCAGCACCAGCACGCUGACCAUCCGCGUGUGCAGCUGCGACCACGAGGGCAACCUCAUGUCGUGCAAUGCCGAGGCGUACAGCCUGCCCGCCAGCCUCAGCAGAGGGGCGCUCAUCGCCAUCCUGGCCUGCAUCUUCGUCCUGCUGGUGAUGAUCCUGCUCAUGCUCUCCCUGCGCACCCAUCGGAAGAAGCCCUACCGGUGCGACGAGGAGGAGAACGUCCACGAGAACAUCGUGCGCUACGACGACGAAGGCGGCGGCGAGGAGGACACCGAGGCCUUCGACAUCGCCGCCAUGUGGAACCCGCGCGAGGCGCACCAUAACCUGGGCAAGAUGAGACAGGACAUGGUGCCGGAGAUCGAGAGCCUGUCGCGCUACGUGCCUCAGGUGUGCGUCGUGGGCGGCGGCAGUGGGGACAGUAACGUUCACGGGUACGUGCUGGCGAAGCUCCUGGACGCCGACAUGGACCCAUGCGCCCCGCCCUACGACUCCCUGCAGACCUACGCCUACGAGGGGGAAGGUUCCGUCGCAGAGUCGCUUAGCUCGCUCCAGUCGGGGACGUCCAACACGGACCACGAGUACGACUAUCUCAACGACUGGGGGCCUCGCUUUAAAAAACUAGCCGAGAUGUACGGCGUGCUGGAGACAAACGCUCCUCCGAUGUGGUAGAACACCAGAGCCUUUUCCUCUUUCUUUUCUUUUUUUUCAAAUCUGAGAGCUAUUAUGCCGACAAAAAGAAAGACACAAACAUCAGAGACAAAAACGUGUUGCACAAGAAAAGCCGCGAUGUGCUCGCGUCCACAACCAUGACUGUUAGCACUUGAAUUCCUGCCGAAAGUUUGGAUUCUCCACAGCAUUGAAGGCCUGGGAUGCCCACAGCAGCAGCAGCAGCAGCAGUGUGAGCUGGUUUUAAAUCCCCCCCGCCCCCCGCCCCCGAGCGACUGAGGCGGGAUCGGCAGCCUUUGGGAGGCCGCAAAAGCAACGGCUUCAAAGCACAUGUUUAACUCCCCUGCCUGACCCAGCCACAGGCAGCUUCGGUUCAAAGAAUGGAGUGAUAUAUGCCAGAGAUGAAAACAACAGAGACCUGACUCACAGCAACACGGGAGACAAAAACUCUACACCGCUGAUCUUCAGCGCUUUAUCACAUACGACCACAACUCUGAGCAGGGAGAGGGGGAAUGAAAUCAUAGCUGCAAUUGAGUUUCUUUCUUCUUUCCUCUGUGACAGGUCUUAAUUUAUUUCUUUGUUUCACAUGCCGUAUUUAUAUAUUUCGCUAAGUUAUUUGGGUACUUCCAACCAACACUGUUCUUCAACUGCCAUGGCCUUGUGAGGAACUCUUUUAAAGAUCACGUACAUGUUGUAACAUACAUGAUGUAAUAGCUCUUGUCUUCAUGCAUCUCUAUAGUAAGGGACAUGCACAGGAGAGAGGGCAAUGCUGUAAUCCCAUGUGGGUUUUCCAGGUGGAUAUGUUUAUCGUGUUAUUGUUUUUUGUAUCUUUUUUUAGCUAUUUGUAUUGUAAAUGUAGUUCAUUAAUAAGGAUGCAAGGGAAGCCAUUAUUGGGAAGUGGAUGUAUUGCGGCAGGCGGUCAAAUGUCACUCAAGAUGUGGAAGUACGACCGAGUCGCCUUUCACUUCGGAUCCCACCCCUGUGCCAACGGGGGUACGACGUCCUGUUAGAGACACUGUGUUGCUUUUUUACUGCCAACACGCAAACGUGGCUUAACCCCCCAAUCCUGUGGACUUCAGAGACAUCGAUAAGCUGCAUAAAGUGCCAAAUGUACAACAAAAAAAGGACAAAAAAAGACA